AUGUCACCGGUUUCAGAAAAUGCCGUCAAUUUGAGUUCCGUCGCCCCAGCAUCUGCAGAGCAGGAGACUGGGAUGUUUAUCGGACAUGAGAACCUAUAUGUACCGAAUAGUGUUGUCACAAAUCAGCCAAACAUGCUUGGUGGGGAGGUCAUCAGGGCCAUGCCCAAUAUGGGUCUGCAACCUGCUGAUUACACCUUCAUCCCUCCGAGUUCAAGUUUUACUCCGGCUUUUGUUCCCGACUAUACCACCACGAUCCACCAGACAGGCUUUCUUCUUAACCCUUGGUCGGUGUUCGAUUUCUCUGUUCCAUUGCAUUAUCCAAUCUACCCUACCGACCCCAUGUACAACCAGGGCAUACCGGCCCAAGAAUCUCAGCGGGAUCAACAACAGUAUCCUGUGGCAACAGAAGAAACCGGCCACCAAUACGACGCUUUCGCUGCUGUCCCUCAUCCUCUAUCUUGUCACGCAUCCACGGUCUCCGACAUCUCGCCGCACUUUGUGCCUUAUCCUUGCUCUGCCAACCCAUUCCAUGGCUUCCUUGCGCCGAGCAUGGACGAUCUUACCGACUCUUGGUAUGUAUGUGAAUAUGAGUCGUCAAGUGACGGCACAGGCCAAAUCGGCUCCUUCGAGCUGGUCAGUCCGGACUCUAGUCCAGCUUAUACAACCGAAUACGGUCCUCAGGACAACUCGUCUCUGCAUCUAGCUAUACAUCUUGAUAAAUCAGAUGACAGUACCAUAUCUUCGAGAUCUGCACGUCCAAGCUCUCGAUCUCCGCGAACUGGGGUGCAGAAGAGGACGGGUAAGCGUAAAGGGCAUUUGACCGAAUCCCAGCGCGAACAGGCAAGUCUUACACGCAAAAUAGGAGCAUGUCUUCAUUGCAAAUUUCAACGUUAUAGUUGUGAACCAAACCCCGCAGCACCAGAAGGCCCCUGUCUAACUUGCAUCAAAAUGAAGGAAUCGGAGUCAAAGAAAGUGAUCCAUGGGUACUGCCCUUGUGAACGGCUAAAACCGACCGCUAUUGUCUUGUUCCGCUCUGGUGGAUUGAAAUUUACAGAGAGGCCGGGCUGGGAGGGAGCUGCCAUGAAAGAUCUUGGACCUCAGGACUGGGCAUCGGAUGAGAUACACACCAUACACGUGACCCUCGGCCUUUGCGAUAAACCCAUCACGUUAAGAGCUCGGAGAUUUAAGCCAAUCAAAGGGGAUCAGCUCAGUCGUUUCUGGACGCACAAUGGCGCACAGUAUGAAACACACAUCGCAGCAUAUGCCCUGGAUAAUAUCCAAAAUGCGAGCAAGGUGCUCGAACAGCAUAUAGAAGCUCAUGCGUACGAUGCCGUAAAGCUAUUUGUCGAGGGGGGCUCGCGCGUUCAUCCUCAUCCCCUCGUCAGUGAGACUUACAAAGCCGCAUGGCAUCACAUGAAAACUGUUGAGUGGGUAUCGCCCGACAACGUUAACGCACGACUCUUGAUGCAGGAUCUCUUCAGGCUGUGGUAUGCAACCAGAAACACACUCGGUUCAGCAUGGCUGCUGGGAGAGCCCGAGACUGAGGCGACAUUAGGGAUGAGGCUCGAUCAGAGGGAAGGCUAUCCCUUCCCUGGAAAGAUCAGUCUUCCGCGUCUGAUUGCCCAGCAAUUCGAUGCCAUCAACUACAACAUCAUGCUCAGGCCUUGGCGAACAAGAGUUCUGAACAACUUGUGGAAGCUCAUGUGUGGUAAGAUAGACCCCAAGGUCUUCUACACCGUGUACUUGGUUGUCUUCAUUCUCCUGCACGAGAUAUCAUACGCUUCGAAAGACCGCUACUGGCAUGCCAGAAUGAAGAAAGAACAGGUUCGUCUGCGGUAUGACAUGGAGCUGUUCAUGGAAGAGCUCCAGGAGGGCGCCAACAGCUUACUCAAAUGCUGGCAUUACUUCAGACGCAAGUACCGCAACUUCAACCCACUUGAUGCAGAAUGGGAGAAGGUCCAUGAGAAUGAUGAGAAAGAUGAGAAGGAUGAGAAAGACAAUUUGUGCGUCGACAUCCAGGAGAGCGAAAAAUCCGCCAUGAGAGCGCUGGCCGAGGCGUCGAGGGAUAACAGAGUCGAGGUGACGGAUGCGGAAAAGAAAGGGUGGGAGGGCCUUUAUUUUGACCGCACGCAGCCGAGUCCGUUGAUCUGGGAAAGGGAUAUGCACUUUGUUUCUCAGAUGUUCAAGGAUGACUGGUCUGCUCAGAAGACUUGGAGUCGUGCCUGGGAUUUUGGCCAGGAAUUGAGCGUUUGA